UUCACAUGAAUACAAAUAUUAGAACCGUAUAUCAUAUGACAAAAUAUAAUCACGAGGUAAAACCUGGACUGUUUCGAUUCUCGAUGUGUGUAGAAAAGUGCUUUUCCAGCCUUUGUUUAGGUUUCACUUGGCUUCAAGAAGAUUAAGAUCCCCAAGUCCAUCCAUUAAUUUCGGCUAAUUUUUGUUGGCUUUUGGUAAUUGAUAUUUAAGUUAUUUUGUACUUUUUGUUUAAUGAUAAACCUACCACUUUGAGUCACUGUUCCUGUUUAUUUGCAUAUUAUCUUGUCUUUACCCUAUUCGAUCUUGUUUAAUUGAGUUUUUCUAUAAGAGAGUUCCCCCAUAGCAUUUAGUUUUACUUGGUUUAUUCAUAAUAUACUCUAAUGAAUUGAACGAAGUUUUGCCGGUAGAGGGCGCACAUUCAUUACUGAAAUUUCCCUGGCAUUUUUGGUGAUUGAUUGGGUACAUAGUAAACGUCUCUCGGUGUACAAAUGUAACUAUAAACGGCUCUUUUGAUCUUGUUGUGACUGAAGUGGGCAUGAAUUCAUCCUAAGAUAUAGAAUGGAAUAUAUCUGGAGACGAUGGUUAAGCAAGGAAUCAAAAUAUUCUGUCGGAUAAAGCCAACGAAAGCAAAAACUGGGCUCUUUGAAAUUGACGAAGAUGACAGCGGAUAUCCCAAGCUCUCCUUCGUGGUGCCCAAAGAUCUCGCUUCAGGAUUUAUCAAUAACAAGAAGGAGGAAUAUUCCUUUCGGUUCGACCGGUUAUUCGACCAGUAUACCAAACAAGAUGAGAUCUUUGAUAAUGUGGCUAAGGAUGUGGUCGACAACUGCAUCCUGGGGUACAAUGGAACUAUCUUUGCUUAUGGACAGACUGGGAGUGGAAAGACUUUCACCAUUACUGGUGGACCUGAACGCUACAUCGAUCGCGGGAUCAUCCCAAGAAUGCUAACCUACAUCUUUGAGGAAUACUCACGGAACCCAGGCAAUGUAUUCACCACACACUUCUCCUACCUAGAGAUCUACAAUGAGAGUGGUUAUGACUUACUGGAUCCCAAGCAUGAAGCUGCAAAGCUAGAAGACUUACCGAAGGUAUCCCUGAUGGAGGACAGCGAUGGCAACAUCCACCUUAAGAACCUGUCCAUCCAUCAGGCUAACAAUGAAGAGGAGGCUCUCAAUCUACUGUUUCUUGGAGAUACCAACCGUAUGAUUGCAGAGACACCGAUGAAUCAGGCGUCAACUCGUUCUCAUUGUAUCUUCACCAUCCAUAUGUCCAUCAGAGAUGCCGGUUCAACCACCAUAAAAAGAUCCAAGCUACACUUGGUAGAUCUGGCUGGAUCGGAAAGAAUCGGAAAGACAGGUGUUGGAGGAACGCUUCUCACUGAAGCCAAGUACAUUAACUUAUCACUGCAUUAUCUAGAACAGGUCAUUGUGGCGUUAUCAGAGAAGUCCCGCUCCCAUAUUCCGUAUCGUAACUCCAUGAUGACAUCAGUACUGAGAGACAGUCUAGGAGGUAACUGCAUGACUACCAUGGUUGCUACAUGCUCAGUAGAGAAGAAGAACAUCGAUGAAUCCAUUUCAACCUGUCGGUUUGCCCAGAGAGUGGCUAUGAUCAAGAAUGAUGCAAUCCUGAAUGAAGAAGUCGACCCCAAACUGAUGAUUGCUCGGUUGAAGUCUGAGAUCCAAGAGCUGAAGAACCAGUUAACUCUUGCCACAGGGGAGCAGAGUGCAGAGGAACUCACUGAAGAAGAUAUAGAAAGAUUGAAUGAAAUCAUCAAUCAGUUCAUCCAGGAUUCUGAUCAGGAAGCAACUCUGAACAUCGGAGCAGACAUGCGCAAGAUCAACCAGGCCUUCAGGAUAUUCAAGAGACUAGCCCAAGGUAAAGGGUUUGCCUCAGCUGGUAGUUCCAGACCAGUCCAGAGGGAGGAGGAACAGGUAGAAGAACAGCCAGCCAUUGCUGACCCCUUGCCAUCUAUUAAUCAAGUAGAAAUGAAGAAGAUGAAGGACUUGCUGCGUCAAAGAGACAAUGAAAUCAAUAUCCUUGUUAACAUGCUCAAGAAGGAGAAGAAACGAGCCCAUGAUGCCCUAAGUCAGCUCCAUAACCCAGGACAGAAUUCCCACUCCAAUCUCUCCGCAUCCUCCUCCUCCGAUCAAGAAAUUCCUAAUGGCUUCAGCUCCAGCAUGGCCGCCACACCCUCCAGGAAACAUCACCAAUCAGAAGACACUCACAGGUCAGGUGGUAGGUCCCACCAAUCAGAAGACACUCACAGGUCAGGUGGUAGGUCACAACAGGAAAGGAACAAAUCAGCCGAGGACUACAGGUCACAUGAUAGGGAUAGACAAAGUGUUGACCAAUCAGAAGAAUCGUACAGGUCAGAUAGUACUUCAAGACACAGGGAAGAGAGCAAUUCUUCAUCUUACCGACUAAAAGAUUCAAAAAGAAAAAUAUUAGGUGAUAUGUCUGUCGGUCGACAGGAAGCUUUUGAGAUCUACAGGAGAGAUUAUUCACACAACGCUGCGAUAGAGGACAACAAACAUCAACUCAAACAACGCUACGGAGAAGCUAAGCUCAAAGGACAGUUUGUCAAUGAAUGCAGACAUAACAUCAAUAAACUGAAGAGUCAGAUUGAACACCGCCGCCUCCAGAGGGCCAUGAGUGGAGACCAAGACCCAAACUCAAUUGACGAGGUUGAGCAGUCACUCCGACACCAGAUGGAAGAGGAGAAAUCUAACUAUAAAGAAACCUUCAACGAUCUGCGCACACUGAAGACAGAGAUUGAGCACCUGCAGCAUUUCCUGGAGAAGUCACGGCUACAGCUUCAGAAGGACUUUGAGCUCUGGUGGGCAGAGCAAGCAGCCAAUGUACAGACCCAGCAGAUGCCCUUCCCACAGCCUCCCUCCAGACCCCCAUCCAACCCCUCAAAGGCAUGGAGAACACCCCCGGUCUCACCCAUCAAGGACCAGCAACAUGACCAACACAAUCCAUCCGCCAACCUCGGCCUAUCACGGGGGGUCACCUACUCCAAAUCUGAGCACCCCACUGAAUUACAACCGUUGCUGUCGUCCUCCAGGAGGCCCCCCUCUGGCCACUCCAGGAAUGCCCUCCUUGGUGCUUUGUCUGCUCAGAGUCCAGAUCAGGGUGUUGGUAAACCUAUGGGCCCCCUUCUGGGAAAGCCACUGUCUGCUGGUGGUCUAGAUACAACACAUCAUGAGAUACACUCAAGAUCACAUCGUGCAAGUUCGGACUCCUCUGGUCAGUCAGCCGUCCAACUUACAGGAGAUAAGAGAGCGGAUGCUGACAUCAAAGCCUUCAUCAAAGCCAGACAAAAACUACUCCAAAGUAAAGGUCAUGUACAAAGAUAGCAUAAACUACCGGGUAUUCAUGGACAUCUUGACAGAGAAAACCCAAAGCUUCUUUGAAUAAAUAUAAAAUCUUUCAAGCAUACUGUGUUGAUUAUAAGUGUAAAAUUCAAGCCCAGGGCCCAAUUUCAUAGAGCUGCUA